GCCACUUCAUUUGUGCAUUUCUGGAUGGCUCUUACUCGGAUUUUUGUGCUCUUCAUGUUUAUCGCGGCGGUGGUGGCAAGGCGGCAGAGUGUGUGGGAUCCCAUUAUCCGGCUGCCCACGGAGGAGAAUGCCACCAGGUGGGCGGUGCUUGUGGCCGGUUCUAAUGGCUUUGGAAAUUAUCGCCAUCAGGCAGACGUUUGCCAUGCAUACCAAAUACUCAAAAAAGGAGGCAUCAACGAUGAGAACAUUAUAGUUUUCAUGUAUGAUGACAUCGCAAUGAAUGAUCUAAAUCCUCGAAAAGGAGUUUUGAUCAAUCACCCAACAGGCGAGGACGUCUAUGCUGGUGUUCCAAAGGACUAUACUGGUGAGCAAGUCACAACGGAGAAUUUCUAUGCUGUGAUCCUAGGCAACACAAGUGCUUUAACAGGUGGAAGUGGUAAAGUUGUCGACAGUAAACCAGGAGACACGAUAUUUGUUUACUAUUCCGACCAUGGUGGCCCUGGAGUGCUUGGGAUGCCGAAUAUGCCACAUCUGUAUGGAAAAGAUUUCAUUGACGUUCUAAAGAAGAAGCAUGAAUCUGGCACCUACAAAGAAAUGGUGGUAUAUAUUGAAGCAUGUGAGAGUGGAAGUGUAUUCGAAGGUAUGAUGCCGGAUGAUCUGGACGUCUAUGUGACCACAGCAUCAAAUGCUGAAGAAAGUAGCUGGGGAACUUACUGUCCUGGGAUGGAUCCCCCGCCACCUCCCGAGUACAUGACGUGUUUGGGAGAUUUGUAUAGCGUUGCUUGGAUGGAAGACAGCGAGUCCCACAACCUCAAACGAGAAACAGUACAGCAACAAUACGACCAGGUCAAGGAACGAACGUCUAACUACAACACAUACAAUGCUGGAUCUCAUGUUAUGGAAUACGGGAACAAAAGCAUCAAAUCUGAGAAGCUGUAUCUCUUCCAAGGAUUUGACCCUGCGACUGAGAACCUUCCACCGAAUCAAUUCAAUGCCAAAGCUAACAUGGGUGUUAUCAACCAGAGGGAUGCCGAUAUCCUCUCUCUGUGGGAAAUGUACAACAGGCUGGAUGAUGGUACAGAAAAGAAGGCACAACUGCUAAAGCAGAUUACGAGCACGAUGCUGCACCGGAAGCAUCUUGAUGGUAGCUUGGACAUUAUCGGCAUUGUCUUAUUCGGCCCAGCAAAGGCUCCUACUGUCCUUAAAUCAAGAAGAGGAGGUGGUUUGCCCCUCGUGGAUGACUGGGACUGUUUGAAAUCAAUGGUUCGUGUAUUCGAAGCUCAGUGUGGCCCAUUGGCGCAGUAUGGGAUGAAACACAUGCGGUCAUUUGCGAAUAUUUGCAAUGCUGGGGUUUCCGUAAGCAGAAUGGAGGCAGCAUGUAUGGCGGCUUGUGGUGCUACAUCGACCCCUCUGCUGCCUGCUGCAUAAAUAUGUACGAAUUGUGGAAGUUACAGAUUUUGUGCAAUGUGGUGUGUUUAGAUUGUGUUUGUUGCAUGAUACAGGAUGAUGAUCAAUGAAUAACAUAAUUUAUAGAUA